AUGGAUGGUAGAUAUGGUGGCAAUAUUGCGAUUACCGAGGGAAAAUUGGAAGUUACUCUCUCUUAUUUCUUUUCCUUCUUCCUUUUCAAUCUCUCUCUCUCUCUCUCUCUCUCUCUCUCGCUGUCUCUCUCUCGUUUUCUUUCUCUACUCCAGAAUGUUUUAGUGAUGUAUGCCUUACUAUUUACUCCAUGUUUUUCUUCUGACUUUAUCCUCUUUUUUGUUUUAAUCGUUGAUUUCCUUCUUUUUUCUUUUCUUUUCACAUUUUUCUUUCUUUCGUUUUUCUUUCUAUUUCUUCUUCAUUUUUCCACUUUCUUUUUCUUCUCUUCUUUUUCUUUCUUUUUUAUUCGUUCUUUUUCUUUCUUUCUUCAUUCUUUUUCCUCUUGUCCAUUUUCUUCCUGUCCUUUUUCUUCUUUCUUUUUUCUUUUUCUUCUUUCUUGUUAUGUUUUCUUCUUUCUCUUCUUUCUUUACUUCUUUUCUUUUUCUUCGUUUUUCUUUCUUUUCUUUUGUCGUCUUCCUUUUUACUUUUAUCUUCUUUCUUUUUCAUCUAGACAAAAACUUCCUUCUUUUCUUCUUUUUUAUUUUCUUCCCUGUUUCCUCGUAUUCCUAACUUUUUCUUUUCUUUUUCUGCCUUCGAAGAUUCUUUUUCACACAAUCUUUAUCUUCUCCUUUCUUUCUUUCUUUCUUUCUUUCUUUCUUUCUUUCUAA